AUUCAAACCACGGUUUACUUUGCUAAAUAAAUGCUACCAUAAAUGGCUGUACUAUAUUGAUUAAGCGUGCGCGUGCAGUGAAACCCUUUGUGUGUAGGGCCCCUAAAAAGGACGCGGUGAGCAGUUUGGGAUGCGGUUUAGCUAGCUAAACUAUCUAACUAACUGACAGCGUCGUGCUCGAGCCCUGACAGGAAGGGCAUUAUGUUUCCAAACGAGGAUUUUUAAAGCAGGACAGAAACAAACCGGGUGUUAGCAUGAGCUCGAGCUCCGGACAGGAACAGGGAGCCGCUGCGGCUCUCGCGGUCACCGCCGAGUCUCCGGUUCGAGGCGUCUCGGUGACGGGGAACAUCCGGAGACUUUUCAGCCACGUGCGGGUUGAAAACCUGGCCGCCGGGCUGAGUGGAGGUGUGGUGUCCACCAUGGUGCUGCACCCGCUGGAUCUGGUUAAAGUCAGGUUUGCAGUGAGCGACGGCUUGGAGCUCAGGCCGAAGUACCGCGGCAUUUGGCACUGCAUGAAGAGCAUCUGGCAGCAGGAAGGACUUCGUGGCUUGUACCAGGGGGUCACGCCGAACGUCUGGGGCGCCGGAGCUUCGUGGGGUCUUUAUUUCUUCUUUUAUAAUGCCAUCAAAGCGUAUGUCAAGGAGGGCCGUCAGACAGAGCUGAGUCCCACGGAGCACCUGGUGUCCGCAGCACAAGCAGGAGCGAUGACUCUCUGUCUCACGAACCCGAUCUGGGUGACAAAGACACGCCUGAUUCUGCAGUACAACUCCGAUCCAAGCCAAAAGCUGUACAGGGGCAUGCUGGACGCUCUGGUGAAGAUCUACCGUCAGGAAGGAGUAGCCGGACUCUAUCGGGGGUUUGUUCCCGGCCUGUUCGGGACGUCUCACGGAGCUCUGCAGUUCAUGGCAUACGAGGAGCUGAAGAGAGACUACAACAAAUACAGAAACCUGCAUUCAGACGCUAAACUGAACCCGUUAGAGUACAUUACAAUGGCGGCUUUGUCCAAAAUCUUUGCCGUGGCCACCACGUACCCGUACCAGGUGAUCCGAGCUCGCUUGCAGGACCAGCACACGAGCUACACCGGGGCGGCGGACGUCAUCCGGAGGACGUGGAGGAACGAGGGUCCUCUGGGCUUCUACAAAGGCAUGGUGCCAAACCUGAUCCGGGUGACGCCGGCCUGCUGCAUCACCUUCUUAACGUACGAGAAGGUGUCCGGCUUCCUCCUGGACCAGCACAAAUGAGACAUCCGAGAGGCGGGGGCGAUCGCAGCACGUUAGCGCCGAGAGAGAAGGAGAUGCUAGUUUAGCACCGAGAUCAAGGUCUCGCUGGGCCACGACGGAGACCACACCCCCUGACGAGAGGUGGAACGAGGGUUCUCGUGAAGCAGACAUUCUCUGGCUCUUAUACAAAGCGAAACCGAUCUGCUGCUGCCUUGAGUUUACGUGUGUAAGAUCCAUUGGAAAGACCCUGCGUCAGAACUGAAGCGACGGAUGGACGCAUUCGAAUAAAACCGAAGGGACGGUUUAGCGAGGAAAAAUCGAAUCGGUUACCUCGGAGUGUACGGUUCUUGAAGUUUCACCUCUUUAGUUUUGCACCGGGGCUGGCUAACAAGUAACGGACGCUCGAAAUCUCGUCUGUAAAUAAAGCCAGAGACCGCGUCAGGAAAACAAAGAAAACCUCCAUUCAUUAACACAGAAGUGUUUACGGCGCUCAUGUGGCGCUGCGUGACGCGUUUACGGCGUUUAAUCAUCCAUCUUCAGUAACUGCUUAAUCCUCGGUGGUUUAAAUGACUAAUUUGUUGACAUUUUGAGAAAUCGAGCCAACAUCGUUUGCUAGAAAAUAUUGCAGGUAGGGGCAAAUAAUAAUAAUAAUAAUAAUAAGUACAAGAGUGGGCAGGAUUGGUCAUACUUUCUGUUGGAGGGGGUGGGAUUAAUCAAACUUUCUGCUAAAGUGGGCGGGGUUGGUGGAACAUUCUAGCGGAGUGGGCGGGACCGGUCAGACUUUCUGCUACAGUGGGUGAGAUCAAUUCAACUUCCUGCUGCUGUGGAUGGGAUCGAUCAAUCGAUCUGCUGGAAUGGGCUGAUUAAUCUCUCUGCUCGAGUCGGGAGGGUGGAUCAAACUUGCUGAAGGAGUGAUACCCGAUUGGUCAGGAUUCCUUCAGGGGCGGAUGGGUUUUUCCUCACAGACACAGCGACCUCAAACCACACCCACAUCGACCAUGUCCAAAAGAUACAGUUUAGGAUACAGUGGGUCUUACAGUACCUUCAUUUAUGAACUAACGUGCCGUUCGUGUAACCGUGCCUCCUUGGCUCCGCCCACCUCCGAGAGGUUGAAUGUGGAAUUAUAGGGGAAAAGCUGGACGGGGUGCGUGUGUGUUCUUAUAUUUAUAUUCUAACCUUACCUUGGCGUCAUUCUGCACGGAUCACGAUGGGUAAGCAGCCACGUAGUUCUGCUUUGGACUCGUGCGGAUACCAAAAAUGUGAAAAGUUUUCAGUUUGAAGCACGUAUAAAAAAAAAAUGUUUCCCAGAUAACGACGUUGAGUUCAUCGCUCCAGUGCAAAACUAAAGAAGCGAACACCGGGCUGCCAAGAACGUCUUCUCCGAUCGGCUGUUUUUAAAGGUUUCGCGUUUGAUUUUUGCCCUAAACCGUUCCUUUCCUGCUUCAUGUCCUUAAAAAAAAACAACCUAGAAAUCAUUUGUUAUUUUUCAGGAAGACAAGUAAAGGAAUAAUAGGACGUAAUGUUUGGAGAGAAAGACGCACAGUGGUGUGAAGUGCAUCUAAUUUAUGUUCAUUAUUUAUUGAAAGUCUUAUUUAAAAAACAAAAAAAACAAAAACUGCAUUCUCAACAUCUUUAUUACCAUGAGUUACUGAGAUGCUAAUAAUAAAAAUCAGAGAGCUACGUA